UCUUAUUUUACAUACCCAAUAUUCAUACUUAAAAACCCGACCCAUUUGUCAUUUUCCAACCAUUUAAACCACCCACCCCCAAUUUCCCCGCCACUUUCUAAACCCCCGUUCCCCUUCUUCUACACUAGCCCUUCAAUUCUGCAAGAAAAACACACACACACACACACAGUAUAUCUGUAUAAUUUCAGACCCAAGAUUUCUCUGGUAAUCAAUCCCCAACCAUGAAUCUCUUCUCUUCAAGAACCCCACUCAUCAUUUUCUUGAUUCUCUUGUUGUUUUUCAAGAACCCCCCUUUAAUCUCAUCUCAAAACACCAACUUUGACUUCCCCUCUUUCUCAUCUCUCCGCAAUAUCAGUCUCCUCGGCGACUCUUUUCUCCGUCACGGCGUGAUCAGCCUCACGAAACAACUCAAUGUACCUUCAUCAAGCUCCGGCACAGUCAUUUACAAUCACCCAAUUGAGUUUUCUAAUCAAGAUUCCACUCACAUUGCUUCUUUCUCCACUUGUUUCACUUUUUCGAUAAAUAAUGUCAAUCCGGUGUCGUUUGGUGAUGGGUUGGCGUUCUUUAUCACGCCGGAUGAUCGGAUUUUGGGGAGCCCAGGUGGGUAUCUAGGCCUUGUGAAUUCAACUCUGCUUACUAAGAAUAAGUUUGUUGCUGUGGAGUUUGAUACAAGGCUUGAUUCACAUUUUAAUGACCCGAAUGAGAAUCAUAUAGGGUUGGAUAUUGAUAGUCUUAAUUCGAUCAAGACUGCUGAUGUUAUUUCGAUUGGGAUUGAUUUGAAAAGUGGGAAUUUGAUUACUGCUUGGAUUGAUUAUGAGAGUGUUGAGAAGAGUUUGAAGGUUUUCUUGAGUUAUUCUGGGACUAAGCCUUUCGAUCCACUUUUGGCGGUUGAUGUUGAUCUUUCUGAGUAUCUUAGGGAGUUUAAGUAUGUGGGGUUUUCGGCUUCUACUGAAGGAAGUACAGAAAUUCAUCUUCUUGAAAAUUGGAGUUUUUCGACUUUUGGGGUUAAGUCAAGUAGGCCAAGAUUCCCUCCUUAUAAUGUGUCUGAUAAUUCUGUGGUUAGAAAACCUCCUAUUCCGGUCUCUGGUUCGGGUAAUAAACAUAAGAGGCUUGGUUGGGGUCUUGGGAUUGCUGGGCCAGCAUUGUUUUGUGUUUUUCUUGGAUUGUUUGGUUAUAUAUCUGUUAAGAAAUGGAAGGGGAUGAGAAUGGAUAAGUCUAUCAAGGCUGAUCUUCUAACAGGCCCUAGACAAUUUAGUUACAAAGAAUUAAAAGCUGCUACUAAAGGGUUUCAUGAUAGUAGGAUUGUAGGUCAUGGAGCUUUCGGGACUGUUUAUAAGGCAUUUUUUAUGUCUUUAGGUACGAUGUCUGCAGUUAAAAGAUCGAAGCAUUCUCAUGAAGGUAAGACUGAGUUUCUUGCUGAGUUGUCGAUUAUAGCUUGUUUAAGGCACAAGAAUUUAGUUCCGCUUCAGGGUUGGUGUGCUGAAAAGGGAGAAUUGUUACUUGUCUAUGAGUUUAUGCCCAAUGGAAGUGUUGAUAAUGUGUUGUAUCAAGAGUCUGACCAAGGGUUGGCAUUGAAAUGGCCACACAGAUACAAUAUUGCUGUCGGAUUGGCCUCUGUUUUGACUUAUUUGCAUCAGGAAUGUGAGCAACAAGUGAUUCACAGAGACAUAAAGACUAGUAACAUAAUGCUGGAUGCAAAUUUCAACGCCAGGCUCGGGGAUUUUGGGUUGGCUAGGCUAAUGGAUCAUGACAAGAGCCCUGUCUCGACAUUGACAGCUGGAACAAUGGGGUAUCUUGCUCCUGAGUACCUUCAGUACGGAAAAGCAACUGAGAAAAGUGAUGUUUUUAGCUAUGGCGUGGUAAUACUAGAACUGGCCUGUGGAAGGAGGCCAAUUGAUAAAGAAACAGAAGGUCAAAGAAUGGUCAAUUUGGUUGAUUGGGUUUGGGACUUGCACUCUGAGGGAAGGCUUGCAGAAGCUGUAGACAGACGCUUGAAUGGCGUGUUUAAUGUAGAAGAAGCUAAGCUGUUGUUGCUUCUUGGUUUGAGCUGUGCCAAUCCAGAUAGUGCGGAGAGGCCUUCAAUGAGGAAAGUAUUCCAGAUUCUUAAUGGCGAGGCGGAGCCUGUGCUGGUGCCUAAAACGAAACCAACUCUCUCCUUUUCUAAUCAUAUGGCUCUAAAUGUUGGGGACAUUGUUUCUGACAGUGAAGGAAGUCAGACCCCAGACCACAUGUUCGAGAUCAAAGUUGUUUAACUACAAGCAAAAAUACAAGUAGUUCAAAAUCCCUUGUUCUUUUAUACUUCUCAUAUAUUGGAUUGUGCAUAGUUGUCAUAGCUGCUGAAAGAUUGUGAACUGUUUUUCUUCUCUACUGUAUCUUGGAUACUUGCUCUAAAGUUAGCCUUAAAGUAGCUUCAGUUUGU